GUUUGCAUUUCCGCUGGAUACGGAUUGACGUUCCUUUCCUUUCUAGCAAAAUGGCUCCGAAACCGAAGCCCACGGAGAAGGCAGGUAAGCCUGCAGAGAAGAAGACAGAAAAGAAGGCUGAGAAGAAACCAGCCACAGCGGCGUCUACCUCAAAGGUAACAAAGCCUACGGCUAAGCCUGCAGCUGCAAAGAAGCCGGCAGCUGCCAAACCAGCAACUACCACUAAGCCAGCUGCCAAGCCUGCAGCUAAGCCUGUACUCAAGCUUGCCAGCAAACCAUUGAUUAGUAAACCCAAGAAGAAUGUACAGGCUACCAAGAAAACCCCAAAAGGUGGAAAAUCAGCAACUCCUGUUCAGAAAGCUCUCAAGGCUCAGAAGAAGAUCUUGAAGGGCGUUCAUGGCUCCAGGGUACGGAAGAUUAGGACAUCCGUUCACUUCCACAGACCCAAGACUUUCAGGCCACCUAGAAAUCCCAAAUAUCCGCGCAAAUCUGUACCGAACAGAAAUCGUAUGGACGCGUUCAACAUCAUAAAAUUCCCAUUGACGACGGAAGCGGCGAUGAAGAAGAUUGAGGACAACAACACCUUAGUCUUUAUUGUACACGACCACGCCAACAAAUAUCACAUCAAAGCGUCGAUUAAGAAGCUCUAUGAUGUUGAUGUAGCAAAGGUGAAUACAUUGAUGAGGCCGGACGGCAGAAAAAAGGCAUACGUGCGCCUAACACGCGACUAUGAUGCACUUGAUGUUGCCAACAAAAUUGGCAUUAUAUAAUUUCUAUCUCACUUUUUGUUUAAAAUGUCUUGU